UUAACUCAAAUAUUUAACAAGCGAGAAAUAUUUUGGUAUUCUGUGGCAAUCUUGAUAAAAGUAAAAGCUUCAAUUCGUAAAGCUUUCCCCACACGUAUGGUGAAAAAAUAAUGUAAAUAGAAAAGAGCUGAUUUGUAUUCAAAUUAUUCGUUAAAAUGGACAGUUCUGCAACUUAACCCAAGAACGAUAGAGCUACGCACGAGCAGCUGCAGGCAUAUGUGUUGUUUUGCCAAGCACAGCGUUUGGAAAAGCCAACUGCGCACUCGAGCAAGGCGGUUGAAAAUGACUCAAAGGCUCACAGGUGUAGGUCCAAAUUCCAAGCCGAUGACGGACUUCGAAGAAAUGGCUUUGUCUACAUUUGGCUCGGCCACUGUAGAUGGGAUGCAAAAUGUACAAAGCCUAGAUUUAACGCCAAUUGAGCAAACGGAUGAAUGCGCAAUUUCAUCACCCACGGGUAGUCCUCAACAAUUAUGCAGUCAGGUAGAUGCAAGCCCAAAUCCCGAACACCAUACAGCAAGUCCAUCGUCACCAUCUACGUAUCCUAGCUUGGAAAACCAGGAUGCUUCAACUUCGGUGCUAUCACGAAGUGCACAAAACAAGCUUAUCAGCACUUUGAUAGCUGAUAUUCCAAAAAGGAAUGCUGCUGAGGAAGAGAGGCGACGGGAGCAUCGGGAAAUGAUGCAGGCCAUUCAAGGCCUAACUAGUUCUAUAACAGAACUUAUAAAAUCGUUUACUAGUAAUAAAAAAUAA